AUGGCGUCACGGUUUAAUAUUGCUCUCGCACUAUUUCUGAUUUUAUGGCUUUUUCAAAACGUAUUGCUGCUAAAUAGUUAUCAUGGAGUUUCAGAUGUUGGAUAUACAACUUUUAAAUCGUUUGAUGGCGUGCCGUUCACAUUAUUUUCGGGAUUUCUACAUAAAUUUGCUUGGCAUUGCCAGACUAGAAAUUCAAUAAGGCGUAUCGGGAUGCAGUCGAAGUUCAACAUCAAUUUCCCUGUUUACAAGGCUGGAAAGCAUGGUCAAACCACCCUGGCUCUUCCUGACAGGGUGUAUAAAAUCGAUUUGACUGUUUAUUUGGACAUAGAGAAAAAUCCUGGACCAGAAAUGGAUGUGUUGGCUUAUUCAUCUAACUUGCCUCCUACGAAUGUUAAUCCACGCGCUAUACAUGAAGGAUCAAUUAACUAUUUAAUGUCAAAUCAGUUACUAGGGUUCCAACCUUUUUACCAGCUACAAAGACCGUGUUUUGGUGAUGUAAGGUAUUCUCAAGAUGAUUUCGAAGCUUAUGGGGUAGGUAGGCGUGUUUCAUCUGUUUACGAAAUACAGAGAAUUCCAUCAGUAAACAUUACUAGAAGAAGGCAAUGCAUAUUUCAACAUAGAAAUAAUGUUGGUGCUAAUUUAAAUAAUCUUGUAAACAUUACGCCCACGAAGAAUUGUCCUAAAACUGAAACCUCAAAUUUGCUGCACCUCGCUAUGCUGAAUGCCCGUUCCUUAAACAACAAGGCCAUGUUUGUAAAGGACUACGUUGUAGAACAUCGUGUAGAUUGUUUGGCAGUAACAGAAACUUGGUUAAACUCGAACAAUGUGUAUUUGAUUAAUGAACUCUGUCCUCGCGGGUAUGCAUUUAUGCAUAUUCCACGAAGUAUAGGCUAUGGGGGCGGUGUUGGCUUAUUGUAUAAAAAGAAUUACAAGACAGAAAAACAAAAUGUUGCCCAAUGUUCAUCAUUCGAGUAUAUGGAAACUUUAAUUAGAUCGCCUAGCACAGUUCUGAGGAUCGGUAUAGUUUAUCGACCCCAUCCUUCUGCAGAAAAUGGACAAACAGUUAACAUGUUUUUUGAUGAAUUUUCUGACUUACUUGAACGAUUGGCUGUAUCCAGCGGCAAACUCGCAUUGCUAGGAGAUUUUAACUUUCACGUUGAUGAUCUCACAAACCCUCAGGCUACAAGAUUCCUUGAUUUACUAGACUGCUACAAUUUAAAGCAGCAUAUAACUGGUGCAACUCAUAAAGCAAAUCACACCUUGGAUCUUGUGAUUACUAGGUCAUGUGAGGAUAUGAUUCACAGCUGGUCAUCCAUGGACCCUCAACUAUCUGAUCAUAAAGUUAUCCAUACAAAAUUACAUCUUAUUAAACCACGUCUACCAAGGCAAGAGAGACAAUACCGCAAACUUCGCAGUGUAGACCCAGUAGUUUUUCGAAAUGAUGUAAUUAAAUGCGCACUAUUCACCUCGGAAGCGUGUAAUGUAGUAGAUUUAUGUGACCAAUAUGACAGUGAAUUGCUCAAGGUUGUCGAUUCCCAUGCACCUUUAAAAACAUGCAUAGUAAGUUCACGACCGUCUGCACCAUGGUAUACUGAGGACAUUUCUAAGGAGAAAUGCAAGCGUCGUCAACUUGAAAGACGUUGGCGUAAGUCUGGAUUAGAUAUGGAUAAACAGCAGUAUUAUGAUCAGUGCAAACGGGUAAGAGAUAUCAUCAAGUCGUCAAAAAUGAAUUAUUACUCUGCAUUUAUUCUUGAAAACAAGUCGGAUCACAAAGUUUUGUUUAAUACAAUAGAUCGUUUGUUGCACCGCAAAUCUGAAAAACAUUAUCCCACAUGUAAUUCUAUCGCUGAACUGUGCAAUUCAUUUGCCAACUUCUUUUCUGAAAAAAUUGUGGCAAUAAGACAAGAGAUUGAUGAUUUACCUAACGCUGAUUCUUCUGAUUUUGAGCAGUUUGAUGAAAUGAUUAUUGAUAGUGAGUUGACUGAACUUUUCCCAACAAGCGUCGAAGAACUAUCGGCUCUUGUUGGCAAAAUAUCAACCAAAUCGUGUAGUUUGGAUCCAGUGCCUGCGUCACUACUCAAGAAUUGCAUCACCGAUUUACUACCCAUCAUCUGUCGAGUUGUAAAUCUCUCAUUUGAAUCCACUAUAAUGCCAACUUCCAUGAAGCAAGCGUUGCUAUCUCCGUUAUUAAAGAAACAAACUUUGAAUUUUGAAAGCUUCUCAAAUUUUAGACCAAUCUCUAAUUUGAAAUUUUUAUCGAAGGUUAUUGAGAAAGUAGCAGCUUCGCGUUUAUGGGAUCACCUCUGCACAAAUGAUCUAAAUGAGAUAUUUCAGUCGGCUUACAAGAAGUAUCACAGCUGCGAAACGGCACUUGUUCGAGUUCAGAAUGACAUCUUGAAAGCCAUUGACAACAACAAAUGUGUGAUUCUUUUAUUGUUGGAUUUAUCUGCUGCAUUCGAUACUGUUGAUCAUGACAUUUUGUUAAACAGAUUGCAGUCAAAUUUUGGUAUAAAGAGAAAAACUCAAGCAUGGUUUCGGUUCUUAUCUUACAGAUCGUACACAUUUUGUCAAAAUAGAUGGGAGCAGUUCAUCAGUUCAUCCCGUCAGUUACGGGGUGCCACAAGGGUCGGUGUUGGGACCAUUAUUAUAUCUGCUAUACACGUCUCCAUUGGGAAAUCUAAUGCGAAAACACGACAUAUCAUUUCAUCUAUAUGCAGAUGAUAAUCAAAUAUAUACCACGUUUGGUUUCAAUAAUGAUGUUGAACUCUCGUUGGCGACGUGUCGGGUUGAAAGAUGUCUAGCUGAUAUCACCAACUGGAUGUCUGCUAAUAUGCUAAAACUCAAUACUGACAAAACAGAACUCCUUGUUCUCCACUCGAAGUUUCGACAGAUUUCGUUGCAACCAAACACAACUGUUAAAUCUGACACCAUUAAAUCUAGUGAAAAAGCACGAAAUAUCGAGUAA